UCCAAACCCAUAGCCCCAAAAACAAGAAUGCAAAAAAGCAACCACCAAAGCAAGAAGGCCGAGCGCCGCUGGCCCCUGCCCCUAGUGGCCAUCGGAUCCUUCGCCGCCGCGUCGCUCGUAUUCCUCCUCCUUGCCAAAAACACCUCCGCGCCAUUCCUCUGCGGCGCGGGGGCGUCGUCCUCAGCGACGAGCCUCCAGCUGGAGGCCGUGCUCCAGUACGCGACGUCCACGGUGGUGCCGCAGCAGUCGCUGGCCGAGAUCUCGGUCACGUUCCGCGUCCUCCGCGCCCUGGCCCCCACGAACUUCCUCGUGUUCGGGCUCGGGCGCGACUCGCUCAUGUGGGCCUCCCUCAACCCACAUGGCAAGACGCUGUUCCUCGAGGAGGACCCCAAGUGGGUCCAAACCGUCAUAGGAGACGCCCCCGCCCUCCGGGCCCACACCGUCCCCUACCGCACCCAACUCUCCCAGGCUGACGAAUUGAUGCGACAUUUCCGCUCCGACCCUCACUGCUCUCCCCAUAAAUCCUUCCUACGUGGCAACCACAAAUGCAGGUUAGCGCUGAACAUGCUGGAGAAUGAAGUGUACGACACGGAGUGGGACCUGAUAAUGAUCGACGCGCCGCGGGGGUAUUUCCCGGAGGCCCCGGGAAGGAUGGCGGCGAUAUACUCGGCGGCGGUGAUGGCGAGGAACCGGAAGGGAGCGGGCGUGACGCACGUGUUCCUGCACGACGUGGACAGGCGGGUGGAGCAAAUGUACGCGGAGGCGUUCCUAUGCAAGAAAUAUCUAGUCAAGGCGGAGGGGAGGCUGUGGCAUUUCGAGAUACCGCCCGCCGCCGAUAUCAACACCGACUUUUGCUAGGCUGCGCCGCGCCACAUCGUCACUUGACAACGAAAUGGUAUAACUAAAAUACUAAAAUAGAUAGAUUACAAUAAAUAAAUUAUUACUACUACUUUGUUGUAAAUCAGGAAAAUUAGUUAAAUCUUUCCAUUUCGCAAUCAGAAGGAAAAAUUAUGAAAUUUGGAUUUUUUGAUCUCAAGUUGAAUUUUAUUGAUGAAAUUGAAUAUGAUA